AUGGAUGAGCAGCUGCGACGAGCCGCCGAAGAUGGAGACAUAGACGAGCUUUAUGCACGUCUAGCUCGUGAUCCGCACAUCCUUGAGCGUAUAGACAACAUACCGUACAGUAACACUCCUUUGCAUGUGUCUGCAUGUGCAGGUGAAACCCUAUUUGCCAUGGAAGUUGCCACUCUAAGGCCAUCGCUCGCUCGUAAACUCAACCAUCUCGGGCUGAGCCCGAUGCACUUGGCAUUGCAAAACGGCCAGAUUCAGACUGUGAGAGCGUUGAUGACCAUCAACGUGGACUUGAUCAGGGUCAAAGGGAGAGGGAGGGUCACUCCGUUGCAUUGCGCGGCCGAGAUUGAGGAGGAUGAGCUCUUGGCUGAGUUCCUCUCCGCCUGUCCGUCGUCUGUCGAGGACUUGACGAGCCGGUGUGAGACAGCGGUGCAUGUUGCUGUGAAGAACGGCAAGCACAGGUCGGUCAAGGUUUUGUUCGGAUGGCUGAUGCGAGUUAAGAUGGAAGAGACACUGAACUGGAAGGAUGAGGAUGGCAAUACCGUCUUGCAUAUUGCCACCCUGACAAAUCAGCCUCAGGUAAUCAAGUUGCUGAUUAAGCAUAUGAACGUGAACGCAAAGAAUCUGGAAGGUUUGACUGCUCUGGACAUCUUCCAUGAUCUCCAAGAGCGAUUUCAGCAUAAUAACAACGAAGAAGCCGGGAAAAUCCUAUGCCGUGCCAAAGCGAAAAGAGCUUCAAGGCUCUCCGGCGUAACAAGGCUUGCAGAUUACUUGAGUCAGGAACUUACCAUCUUCGAAUGGCAGGAUAGAUACUUCAAUAACCUUGGAAACGGCAACCGCAGUAAAUCACCUCGUAACACGAUCCUCGUGGUAGCUGUUUUGAUUGUGACUGCCACGUACCAAGCUGUUCUUAGUCCUCCGGGAGGAUAUUGGCAAGACAAUUACUUUCCAAGCGCCAACACGACUACUGCAACCACCAACUCCGUUCCAACAUCGACAGGUAAUAUUACUACUGGUAGUGAAGAAGAACCGCACCUUGCUGGGCAAAUGAUCAUGCGUGGAAGCUCUCUCUUCUACUUUGUGGCAAUGAAUACCGCGGCAUUUCUGACCUCUGCAGCCGCAAUUCUCGUCAUUUUACUAGGGCUUCCUUUCACAUCGAUGCUUACAGUAUCUAUGUGCUUUCUCCUGGUGACCUAUUACUCUUCACUCUGUAGUAAUUUCCCAUCAGUAGAUUAUAUUCAUGCUUCAGUCUACAUUAGGAUCGUGGUGUAUUUACUUGUGGCGGCAGUGUACUGUGUUCCUGUCCUUUUGUUCAGCAGACACGACAAGCUUCAACGCCGGAUAGAUACUCCAAAGAGAGGCAACGGAAACUGUGUGAUCUGUUGUGCUAGAGAUGUGUAGUU